AUGGACGUGUCUAAGAAUCUCCUCAGUCGUUCCAGGGCGAAGGUGACCUCUGCUUUCAGAAAGGUCAGCGCCACAGCCUCGCACUUACUCCACCGCCAGAACGCGCGAGCUCGCACUGCUACCCCUCGCCCAGGUGUGGUGCAGGACACCGCAUCAAUAGACAACUCAGGUGCUGACGCCGCCAUUCCAAUGCCCGAGCCUCGCACAACUGGUCCUCACCCCACCGCCGUCCAACCUUUGAGACAGUCGAUCUUGCGAUACGUCAGCACAAACUACAGCGACGGCUCAAGCAUUGCCGACGUUUCUUCGACUGACUCGGGUGCUUCUUCUCCCUUUGCUCCUAACGGGAACGAGGGUGGCGCCACUUCAGGACCAGGUCUAUACUAUAGAGAAUACACGGUGCUUGGAGAACGACGGGCUGCAGACAACUUUGCGCUAUGGCCCAUCGACUCCCCACUGACGGCGAUGAGUCAACCUCGCCUUCCCGACGCUGAGCCCGCCACGUCGGUGGUCGGUCAAUCAGCACGCACUCUCCGAUGUCGGUCUAUUCACAUUGGUUCUUCCCUUCGGCAGGUCUCCAAGCAUGAAUCCAAACCCAGUGUAUCAGACGAUGUCAAUGCCCAGAUCUUUGGACCAGUACAGACAGGCAAUGACGACUCGGAUCCACCAGCGACUCCUAACCCAGACGUUGCAUCUGCACCAAAGCUGUCUUUUUCCAGCGCCGGUGGUAGAUCUUCAGCCUCGUGGAGCCAUCGUACACCCUCAACUCCGGGGGACAGUUUCGUGGUUGGAGAUUCGAGCAUCCUACCUGAUCCCUUCGUCGAGCGACCAGCUCCAGCACGUGCAGCAGGGAGCCCACAACAAGACGCUCCUGUUGUUGCUAGCGCGAAGCCGUCACCAGCGGGCCGCUGGUCCGACUUUGACUCGGACGAAUUUUCUAGCAUGGGUAGCAAGCGUCUCGUGCGCGCUACCUCGAAGCAAUGGGAGCUCCGACAUGAGUCUCAGCGUCGUUGGUCCGACUUCGAGUCUGACGAAUUUUCGAGCAGUGACGGCAAACAUCUGGUCCAGGUUGGCCCGCAGCAAUGGGAGCUUCAGGCUGACAAUCGACUGCCUGAAGUACAGCAAGCAACACCGUCACAACUUCAGCCAGAGACCAUCAUGACAGAGCUUCAGCAGCCUGAAGCCUUCAACAUCAAUGACCCUGAGGGCUAUCAACCGGUGCAACCGGGCGCAUUGGCCGGCAACUGGUCUCUGCCCAGCAGCAUGACCAGUGAGCAACACCUACGGCAUACGGAGCGUGGCUUGUUCGCCGCCCAAAACGCACUCCCAGCGAUCCGCGGGUUGCGCUACGCUGUCGACCGUGCGGCCACGGACUUGCAGGCUUUGACCCUGGAGAACAAGGCCUUGGAACGGAUCGCGGCAGAGUACCAAUUCAAGACAACUCAGGUUCUGGAGCCGGAGCUGUUGAGAGCAUGGGAAGCGCUGCGUGAGCGCGACGCGGAGAUUGCUCGGUUACGAAGCAUCGUUGUCUCAAUUCAGGGCGUUCAGGCCCUGGAGAACAAUACUGCUGCAGACGCAAACGGUGAGUCUCAUUCCUCGAACUCGUUGUUAUUGGCGCCUGCCGAGUUCGCCUAUCAAGGCCACCAUCACUACCAUGCCACAGCUGCUGCCUCAGCCGCCAAUACUAAUCUACCAUCCUCGCAGAGUUCCCCAAAUCAUCAAGCUGUACGGACCCCGCCGAGACAGAUCUACGGUGAGCCCCAGCUCGAGUAUGACACAACUGCCGAGACUGAAUCCGGAUAUACUUCCGAGUCCGAGACGGAUGAUAUGUACAGCUCUUAG